UUUUUUCAUAAUUCAUUCCAGUUUCCAUUCUACUGGUAGUUACUAAUUAGAUUCUAAUUUGUUUUCUUUAAAUAAUUAAUUAACAAUAUAACUUAAUAUUUAUUUCCUCAUAAACUAUACAAUGAGCUGCGUGAGUGAUCUAUCGCAAUCAAAUGAGUAUCUGAGUUUUCGAAGUAGUAUACCGUUAAGGAAAAUCGUUGUUGAUUCAGAUAGUUCCAAGGCAUGGCGGAUAUUCGAUUCAGGUCCAAAGUCGGUAGCGUGUCCUUUGAUAUGUUUACCUCCCGUUUCUGGAACAGCCGAUGUUUUCUACAAGCAAGUGAUGGGCCUGGCUUCCAGAGGGGUCCGUGUGAUAUCCGCGGAACCCCCGCCUUACUGGAAUAUGAAGGAGUGGUGUGAUGGAUUCAAAAGACUGAUUGACUACCUAGAACUUGACAAAGUGCAUAUUUUUGGAGCUUCCUUAGGUGGGUUCCUAGCCCAAAAAUUUGCAGAGCUAACAUUAAACUGCCCCCGGGUGGCAUCCCUAAUACUGUGCAACUCCUUCACUGACACCUCUGUGUUUGAGUUCAAGGACUCCUCAGCUCUCUUCUGGCUGCUCCCCUCCCUGGUACUAAAGAGGAUGCUCAUGGGAAAUUUCUCAGCAGAGAAAGCUGAUAGAAGAAUCAUUGAGGCUAUUGAUUUUAUGGUUGAGAGACUAGAAUCCCUGAACCAAUCGGAGCUAGCUUCACGCUUAACCCUCAACUGCACGCCGGGCUACAUGCAGCCGCACCUGCUGAGCUCGCUGCCGGUCACCGUCAUGGACGUGUGGGACGAGUGCGCGCUCAGCCCGCAGGUCCGGGAGGACCUGUACAAGUCGUACCCGCAGGCCAAGCUGGCGCACUUGAAGAGCGGAGGCAACUUCCCCUAUCUGAGCAGGAGCGAUGAAGUCAAUUUGCAUUUACUAAUCCACCUCCGGCAGUUCGACAGCACGGAGCUGUCGGCGUCGCGCCUCAGCCUGCACCGCCUGCCCGCGCCGCCGCAGCCCGACGAGGGCGCGGUCAGCUACUUCAACCAGCGAGAUCAAUUCGUUAAGAUCUCUUAAACCUUCGUGUUGUGACAAUCAGUGGCGUUGUGGCAAAAAAAAAAAUCCCACUAGUUACCACCAACUCGGUUUGGUGCUAACUACUGGGAUUUUUUUUUCCCAGUAGUUACCACUGGUAAAAGGUGGGUUUUUUUUUCCCAGUAGUUACCACCAAAAUUUUGUUAGAGUUGUUUUGUUGUUGCUUACUACUAAAAACAGUAGAAAUAGUAAAGUAUAAAUAAAGAGUGCUUUAAUAAAUAGUUAUAAGUCGAUUAGUGUUUUAGUUAACUGCUUUAAAAGUGAUGAAAAAAAUUUAAACUGGUGCAAGGGCAUAAAAUUAUAAGUUAAAGAGAAAUUAACGUUUGAUUGAAAUUUAUCUUAUUCAUUGUAAAUUGAAUUAAUUGUGACGUUAUCUAUGAAACCUGAAUCUUUUGUCGAGGGUGCUUACACCGCACUGCGUAGCGCAGCGUUGUAGUUAUAUAGGAGCAUCGCUGAUAAUGGCGUAAGCACCAUCGACAAUAAGGUCCGUUUCAAUAAAUAACGUUACAAUUAUACGAGCGAACAAAGAAAUCAAUCAAAGAUCGACUAUUUUUGAUCACUUUUAAGGCAGUUUACUCAAACAGUAAUCGACUUAUAAUUAAACUAAUAACUAAUUAACUUAUAAUUCAUUCAACAUAAUUAAUGAUUGAUUAGAGCACUCUAUAUUUUAGACUGUUUUUAUUAGUAUUGAAUGCUAACCAAAUUUUGGUGGUAACUACUGGGAAAAAAAUUCCCAACUUUUACCACUAGUUACCACCAACUCGGUUUGGUGGUAACUACUGAGUUUUUUUUUCCAGUAGUUACCAUUGGUAAAAGGUGGGAAAAAAAUUCCCAUUAGUUACCACUGGUAACAACUUGGUGGUAACUAGUAGGAAUAACCCAAAAAAAUCAAUAUAAAUGCAACUCCGAAAAGAACUUAUAAAAAAAAUGGUUAUAGACAAACUACAAAAGUGGUACAGUCAGUAAGCUAAGCAGGCAGGUAUUUCAUAUGACCUGCACAUCUACUCCAAGUAUAGUUGUUCCCAGCUCAUUUUGAACACUUCAUCUGUUUAGCUACUUACGCUGGCGACAGUGGCGACUUUAUGGUUGUUUUAGAACCAACAUUAACUUUAAUUACUCUGUGUGCCUAUAAACGCUAGUGUUAAGAAAAAAUGCUUUAUACUGGAACAUUAAGUCAUGUUAUAAUGUAGGUAUAUGGACGGUAUAGAAUACCAAGUAGUUUAAUACAUAUUUAUUUUGGAAAACUGAAUUGAGAUAUUGGUUUGAAAAAAAUGGGAUCAAAACUCACACAUUCUAUUAUCUAUAUGAAAAUAAUUCCUUACGUUAUAACAUACAGUAGUUUUUUGACAAUAAAUUAAAACAUGUGAAUUAAUGAACGUUUGUAAACAACGAUAUUAUUAUAUUUAUGAUUGACUAAGUAGUCUAAGUACAUAAAAUAAUGCAAAAUUAAAAUGUGCCAAAAAUUGCUUGCCAAACAAAAGUACAUUGGCGAAGCUUCUUGAGAAAUGAAAUUAGUUAAAAAAUGUUUUGUCGAUAUCACAGUAGUACAUUAUUACUACCGACAUUAUAGUCUCAUUUUUUAUCAUUAGAAAGAAGGUACGCGAUUUUGACGUCUUUUUAUUGAAAAGCACUUUUGAAAAAUAAGUCAAGGGAAAUAUGUAACAAUUAAAAAUCAUAUACAAUCAUUUACAUUAUUUUAGUUUCACGAGUAACCGAAUCUAAUUAGCCUUUGUUUACAGACUCGUUUUUCGUUCUUUUGUAUUGCUUCUUUGUUCUGUAGGUUGUCGGGGUUUCCGACAAAGGCCUCCUCUAAAGCUUUCCAGUCUUCUCUGUUCCGAGCGGUUCUUACCCACUUUGGUGGGAAAUCAUCCUCCCAUCUCAUUUUCGGGUCUCCCUGACCUCUCUUGCUGUAUAUAGGGAAUCAAUUAGUUAUAUUUCACAAGUAAUAGUUACUGAUUAAAAAAGCGUUUAUCAAUAAAAAGACGUGAAGAUUGUUUACCUUUUUUCUAAAGCUAAAAAAAAACGAACUACAGACUGUGAUCAAAGUACUUACGAUUUGCAAUUCUGAUGUGUUCCAAAUAUUAACAAACGUGUGUUAGACGCAACUAAAAUUAUAUCGAGUACAUCCUAUUAUGCUGUUUUAAUUUUUAUAGAAAUCAAAUAUGAAUUGUAUUUUAAGUGUGGGUUUAAGAAACGAACGAAGUGAGUUUCUUAAAAAGAUAACACGAGUGUUUUAAUGCCUAAUUAUGUACAGUUACAUACUAGUAGUUUAUGUGACUGCUACAUAAUAAAACUCGUGUUAUCUUUUAAAAAAAACUCACUUCGUUCGUUUCUUAAACCCACACUCGUGUAUUUAAUGCCUAAUUAUGUACAGUUACAUACAUUAUUUUAUCUACACACAUAUUAUAAACUUUCUAUGAAAUAUUCACAAACCUAAAUUACAGCCUCCGUUACGAUGCUCUUGCCAAAUCGUUGCUCUCUUGGCGGAACUCGCGGAUAUAUGGUGGCGUCACCGAAAUAUUUUUAUCGCUUAUUUUACAUGAAAUCUUUGCUAUAGUUACCUUAAAAACAACAAAACAUUCAUUUUAUACCUUAUACUAAUUAAAAGAUAAACUACGUGAAAUGGCGGUUAAUGAAAAACUUUUAACGCAUGUAGUUUUUUUUAUUCAGAGACAAACUAGAGUCGGGGGCCGAUUUCCGUAUCAUUCGAUACAAACUAACAUGCGAGAUAUGUCAAAAUUGUAUGCAAUUGACAUUUUAUUUCGAACAAAAAGGCAUCUCGACUGAUAUUAGAAUAGAGGUCAAAUCGAAUUGCUUUUUUUUCAGAGAUGUUCCAAAUUUGAAUGCAUAACCAAAUCGAUUUUGAUGUAGUUAUGAAGCUAUAACUACAUUAACAUUAUCAAUCACAGAUAAGAAAUUUGUUGUAACAAAACAGUUUACCGUAAUGUUGGCCAUUAUUUACGGAUUUUGAAGGCAUCAUAGAGGGUUUAUGAUAUGUGUGUAGAUAAAAUGUUUUACUUUAUAAGACUGCAAUAUUGGCCGAGUGAAAAUUGUUGACUAUACAAAUAUACUUUUAUACACCAA